CAGUACGUAAGGGUACCAACCCCCCAGUAUUAGCAUAACAACGGUUACCAAGGUAAAGUGGAAAGCUACCGAAGCGUUUUAGGAAGACUUUAAUCCGGGUUUUCUUCUGGUAAAUUAAGACCACUGAUAAUCUGCUGCUGCUGGGACAGACGUGACGACCACCGACAUGACUUUAAACCAGAACCAUUCGGAGUCCGGAGGAGUUCUGAUCAACAACAGUGAGAGGUGAUCUUCGUGGCUAAAGGACAGGAUGCUCUGCAGUCCUUCAUGAUGCCCUUCUACCUGAUGAAGAGCUGUGACAUCAAGCAGCCUGUUCUGGGAGCCAACUACAUCAAGGGCACUGUCAGUGCAGAGCCUGGAGGGGGCUGGGAGGGCAGUGCUACCUUCAAGCUGGUCUUUGCUGCAGGUGGAGCCAUAGAGUUUGGUCAGUCCAUGCUGCAGGUGGCAGCUGCAG